AUGUCCUUUUACCAGUGCAACAACUUGCUCUCAGACAAGUUGCUUCAGUGCAUCUGCCCCCCCCCCCCUCGCGUCGCUCUGCUCUCACGUGGGGACGUUGAAGAUCCCCUGCAGAGCAGUGGAAAGAGUUCAGUGCUGGAAAGUCUUGUGGGGAGAGAUCUGCUCCCAAGAGGUACUGGAAUUGUCACCCGGAGACCCCUUAUCCUGCAGCUGGUGCAUGUUUCAGCAGAGGAUAAUCGGAAAACAUCUGGAGAUGAAAAUGACCCUGCUACAUGGAAAAAUCCAAGACACCUUACUAAAGGGAUUGAUGCUGAAGAAUGGGGUAAAUUCCUUCACACCAAAAAUAAGCUCUAUACAGAUUUUGAUGAGAUUCGACAAGAAAUAGAAAGUGAAACGGAGAGGAUUUCAGGAAACAAUAAGGGGAUCAGUCCUGAACCUAUUCACCUUAAAAUUUUUUCACCUAAUGUUGUUAAUCUGACUCUUGUGGAUUUGCCGGGAAUGACAAAGGUGCCUGUGGGUGAUCAGCCUAAGGACAUUGAACUACAAAUCAGAGAACUAAUCCUUCGAUUUAUUAGUAAUCCAAAUUCAAUUAUUCUGGCAGUCACAGCUGCCAACACAGACAUGGCUACGUCAGAGGCACUUAAAAUUGCACGGGAGGUAGAUCCAGAUGGUCGAAGAACGCUCGCUGUUAUCACAAAGCUGGAUCUCAUGGAUGCUGGUACUGAUGCUAUGGAUGUACUUAUGGGAAGAGUGAUUCCAGUUAAACUUGGCAUAAUUGGGAUAGUGAACAGGAGCCAAUUAGAUAUUAACAAUAGGAAGAAUGUAUCUGAUUCUAUCCGUGAUGAAUAUGCUUUUCUUCAAAAGAAAUAUCCAUCUCUAGCCAACCGAAAUGGAACCAAGUAUCUUGCUAGGACACUUAACAGGUUACUAAUGCAUCAUAUCAGGGAUUGCUUGCCAGAACUGAAAACUAGAAUAAAUGUUUUAGCUGCUCAAUAUCAGUCUCUGCUGAAUAGCUAUGGGGAACCUGUAGAGGACAAGAGUGCCACUUUAUUGCAGCUUAUUACCAAGUUUGCCACUGAAUAUUGCAACACUAUUGAAGGAACAGCAAAAUAUAUAGAGACUUCUGAGCUAUGUGGUGGAGCUAGAAUCUGCUACAUUUUUCAUGAGACAUUUGGAAGAACCUUAGAAUCUGUUGAUCCAUUAGGUGGCCUUAAUACUAUUGAUAUUUUGACUGCCAUUAGAAAUGCCACAGGACCCCGACCUGCUUUGUUUGUGCCUGAAGUUUCAUUUGAAUUAUUGGUGAAGAGGCAAAUCAAACGUUUAGAAGAGCCCAGCUUGCGCUGUGUUGAGUUGGUUCAUGAGGAAAUGCAGAGGAUCAUCCAGCAUUGUAGCAAUUACAGUACACAGGAAUUGCUGAGGUUUCCCAAACUACAUGAUGCCAUAGUUGAAGUAGUGACCUGUCUUCUGCGUAAGAGGCUACCAGUUACAAAUGAAAUGGUUCAUAAUCUGGUGGCCAUUGAAUUAGCCUAUAUCAACACAAAACACCCAGACUUUGCUGAUGCUUGUGGGCUAAUGAACAACAACAUAGAGGAGCAAAGGCGCAACAGGUUAGCCCGAGAAUUGCCUUCUGCUGUGCCACGAGACAAGUCUACUAAACCUCCAGGUGCAUUAACAUCUGCCUCCCAGGAGACCUCUACUGCUACUUCUGCUGAGGCUGAUGGCAAGGCUGCUCCUGGGGUGGGAGAUGUGACUCAAGAACCUGGAACAGGCAACUGGAGAGGAAUGCUGAAACCCUCAAAAGCUGAAGAGAUAUUAAUGGAGGAAAAAUCUAAACCAAUUACAGUCUUACCUGCCAGCCCCCAAAAAGGCCAUGCUGUAAACCUAUUGGAUGUGCCUGUACCUGUUGCACGCAGACUCUCUGCCCGUGAGCAACGAGACUGCGAAGUGAUUGAACGACUUAUCAAAUCCUACUUCCUUAUUGUCAGGAAGAACAUUCAGGACAGCGUGCCAAAGGCGGUGAUGCAUUUUUUGGUGAAUCAUGUGAAAGACACACUUCAGAGCGAGCUAGUUGGACAGCUGUAUAAAUCCUUGUUGUUAGAUGACCUUCUUACUGAAUCUGAGGACAUGGCACAACGCAGAAAGGAGGCAGCUGACAUGUUAAAGGCAUUGCAGCGAGCCAGUCAGAUUAUUGCUGAGAUUCGAGAGACUCAUCUUUGGUGAAGGUUAUCUCUACCCGCCACACAGUUUAUAUGGGUGGAGAAUCCUGAUGACUUGAACAUUUGCUAAGCGUUGUAUACCUGGUAGAAUUUUAUUUAUGAACUCUUAUCUGUGUACUGCAACUAUGUGUAAAUUUGCUCAUGUAAAGACAGUUGGUUUGGCUUACAGACAGACAAGUAUGCUGUACUUUGCAAAACAAGUCAUAUUUAAUCCACAUAAUACAUGGCUCUAAAUGUUUCCUUACCAGUUUUCUGGUGCAAAUAAAACAGACCAAGUUUACUGUCUGGUGACAGUAUCAUUUAAACUUAGGCAGAACCAUUAAAGUUCUAGUGCCUGGACAGUGUAGUCUUGUUGCAUAGUUUUUAAGCUGCUUUUACAAUAGAGGUUUAAAUACCAUAAAGAGGAGAAAGCACUGGGUGUUCUUCCAUGAGUAUAUUGCAUGCACCAUGGCAAAUAGAGACCUGAAUUUGAUAGUUGGCACAGUAAAAAUGUUAUAUGUGUGCAACCAUUUUUUCCCCAGAAUUUGAAGAGAAAGCUGCAGUAUAAAACACAUUUUUGAACUGGCUAAAUUAAUAUGACUUUAGGUGAGUUAGCCUGGAACUUUAAAUAAACAGGAGGAUGUACUAAGGAGUUGGUGCAAACCAAUGAAUGUGCACCAGAGUUUGCAUUUCAUUGUUGGGGUUGACAAUCAAGUGCAAGGACCCCUUCCCCCCUCUGGGACCAAACCUCUGGACCAUCCACUAACAAAAUUGUUUUUGUGGAAUUUAAAAAUAAAAUGAAAUUUCAAAACUAUUGUGGGAUAAUAAGUGUUUCUUUUAAAAUUAGGUUGGACAGUGAGGAGGUGAGCUUUUUUUUAAGUUCUUUUCCAAUAUUUUGGGAAAUAUGAAGGCUAAGAGUAUCUGUAGAAGAGACAGCAGGACUAGAAUGUUUAUACAAGAGUCUACUUUAAGUAUUGCCCUCCGGGAAAAACACAUUUUACAAUGUUGUGAGGAAUUUUUCUAAGAUAACCCAAUUUAUUUUAAGAUUAACAAACAUGGUGGUUUGUUGUUUUCUUCUAGCUGAAGGCAGCAUAGUAAAUGUUGAUCACACUAGCCUCUUAAAGUAAAAAUUUUGUGAUGCAUUAUAGCUUCCUAUAAUUUGAAUUGCGACUCCAGCACACUUGCAUGUAUAUUUCCCCACAGAUUUAGUUGAUAAAAUAGAUGUGUUCGUGAUGCUGUUUCUGAUGUUGUUUCUCUCACAUGCACAUUUAUUUGUUGAAGAAUUAAAUAGACAUCACUAUCCACAAUUUAUGGCUCUUCUCUGUACAUUAGGCCUGUAGUAAAACUGUAGUUUCUCUUCCACCACACACAGUCUCUUCACUAGUCCAUCACUUGACAUAAUCUGAAUUCCAGUUUAAGGUGCUAAAUUAUAAAUGUACAAAUACGAUCACUUGCCAACAUUUAAGGGGUUAAUUUACAAUAACGGAUAAUUCUCAAUAUUCAUUUAUCACUGAUAUGCUCAAACAGAAUUUAGAUCAACAGAUGGAAACAACGUUAUUUGCCUUAACAAUCCCAUCUCCCUAAUGUCACAUUGGUAAGCAGCGUGGAACUUUACAUGUUAAAUAUUCUAUUUAAUCAACAUAAACCAAUUUAUCAUUCUUCCUUACCAGGGAAAAAUGCUUCCUGUGGUUCUGGACACGAGAGUCCAAAAGAGAGAGAGAGUCAGACUGAGAACCAAUUUUCAUACUAGUUUAACCAACAGUUAUUUUAAAUGAACUUCUUUUAAUUGGAAUCCACUUUUAAUACAGUUCAGCUCUCUGAAACUGUGCUUCUUCCUUGCCCUAGUCUUCCAAUCCAACCACCUAUAUAUACCCUCUUGGCUUAGAAAUGUUUCUUUUCAACAAAUUAGUGGAUGACAAAGAGGUUAAUCACUGGUUAAUUGGCAAAUAUAAUUUAAAGUCUCUUUAUCAGGAAAUAUACUAAUCGUGAACUUUCCAGUGGCUGCACAAAGCAAAUGGGUACAGCUUACUCAAGAAAUUCUGAUAAGUGAAAGAUGAAAAUUUUUCAACAAACAAUACAGUUGAGUGUUAAUUAGCAUUGGUGACCUGAAUCCUCCUUGAAAAUGGUAUAGUAAUAUUUUGGUAUCACUGUACAUAAAUAAGCUGAGGAUAUAUGGAUUGAAAAAGAAACUAACUUUUGUCUGCCAUUAUCACUACAUUCUGAAAAAAAUCAAUCCAGGCAUUAUCAUCAUCCUUUGAUUUAAAUUAAAUAAUGUAUAAUGUAUUAAUUAUAUCAGACUGGCAACUGUGAAUUAUGAAGAACUGUGUCAGAGCCCAUCACCAUCUGAAUUUUAGGUUUCUAAUACAGCUAUACUUGUACAGCUUUUUCUAUACUGGGAUUUGUUCUCCCAUAAUUUCCUAUCACUAGUUUUAGUACAGCUAUGGGAAUUUUAGCAUCGACAGGACUCAGAUGGCUGCUUGUGUUUUAAGCACAAUAAGAAGUAGUUUAAGCAGUGAUAGAAAAUGGUAUGGUUAAAAUACUAGCAGUCAUAGGCACUUUGUCCAUGGAAGCACUCUGGUUGUUACUUUCAUCACUAGAAGAAAUGGCAUGGAAUUUUUUAGAGAAACCUAGCAUAGACCAGGCCCUAGUUCUUUGGUUUUAUACUUGGGUGGGGGGAAGGAACAGGGAGAAUUUAAUUUCAUUUCUAAACCUUUCUGUUUUUUUCUGUGUACACAAUCUGUUGUAAGUUUUCUUUCAUAGAAACAAAUCUAUGGAAAUGAAAUUCGAACACGUUUGAGAAAUUUAAUUUUAAAACAUUUGUUCAUCAAAAUUUUUUUUGCACAUCUUGAACAAAUCCAGUAUCCAAUAAAACUACUGACAUAAGCAAGUAAUUAAGGGAGAAAAACAAGUUGGAAAAAUAGAAAUUUGACAUUUAAUACCUGCUGUAUGUACAUUACUACUGUAAAUAAAACAUAGUGUGAACAACUUGCACAUAGCUUUCAUAUCAAUAAAUUACUUUUUUUUUAA